AUGUCCUCUACCGCCGUCGUGCAGAGCGACGAUCUCAUGGAGCCGUCGCUCCAGACGAUUGUCAACCAAGACACCCUCCGCUGGAUUUUUGUUGGUGGUAAGGGAGGUGUGGGCAAGACGACAACGUCGUGCUCUCUCGCUAUUCAACUCGCCAAGGCCCGCAAGUCGGUUUUGCUUAUCUCGACCGAUCCCGCGCACAACCUGAGCGAUGCGUUCGGCCAGAAGUUUGGAAAGGAAGCCCGGCUGGUGGAUGGAUACACGAACCUCAGUGCUAUGGAGAUCGACCCGAAUGGCAGCAUCCAGGAUCUGCUGGCCAGCGGUGAAGGGCAAGGCGACGACCCUCUGGCUGGAUUGGGUGUUGGAAACAUGAUGCAGGAUCUAGCGUUCAGUAUCCCCGGUGUCGACGAGGCCAUGUCUUUCGCUGAGGUCUUGAAACAAGUCAAGUCCUUGUCUUACGAGGUUAUUGUCUUCGAUACUGCCCCGACUGGUCACACGCUUCGCUUCCUCCAAUUCCCCACAGUGCUCGAGAAAGCUCUUGCGAAGCUCUCUCAACUGUCCACUCAGUUUGGACCGAUGUUGAACUCUAUCCUUGGAUCUCGGGGUGGCCUCCCGGGUGGUCAGAACAUUGACGAGAUUUUGCAGAAGAUGGAAUCUCUGCGGGAGACAAUCAGCGAAGUCAACACGCAGUUUAAGAACCCCGACCUCACUACCUUCGUGUGUGUUUGCAUUGCCGAGUUCCUGUCCCUCUACGAGACCGAGCGUAUGAUCCAGGAAUUGACGAGCUACAACAUCGAUACACACUCUAUUGUGGUCAACCAGCUCCUGUUCCCCAAGCAAGGAAGUGAAUGUGACCAGUGCAAUGCCCGAAGGAAGAUGCAGAAGAAAUACCUCGAGCAGAUCGAGGAGCUUUACGAAGAUUUCAACGUCGUCAGGAUGCCUUUGCUUGUCGAGGAAGUCCGAGGAAAGGAGAAAUUGGAAAAGUCAGCCAUCCAUCCAUAA